AUGUCGACCACCGCUGAUAAGAUCAAACAAAUUGAGGAUGAGAUGUCCAAAACCCAAAAGAACAAGGCGACGAGUUUCCAUCUUGGUCAACUUAAAGCAAAGCUCGCUAAACUCAAGAGAGAGUUGUUGACCCCUACGUCAAGUGGUGGAGGAGCAGGUGUAGGGUUCGAUGUAGCACGUACAGGUGUCGCCAGUGUUGGAUUUAUAGGUUUUCCAUCGGUGGGAAAGAGUACAUUGAUGAGCAAACUUACCGGCCAACAUUCAGAGGCCGCCGCAUACGAAUUCACAACCUUAACGACAGUACCUGGUCAAAUUUUAUACAAUGGAGCAAAGAUCCAAAUUCUGGAUCUUCCCGGUAUUAUUCAAGGAGCCAAGGAUGGAAAGGGUAGAGGUCGACAAGUCAUUGCGGUAGCAAAGACGUGCCAUUUGAUUUUCAUUGUAUUGGAUGUCAAUAAGCCCCUGACAGAUAAGAAAAUCAUCGAAGAUGAAUUGGAAGGCUUUGGAAUUAGAAUCAACAAGUCACCACCAAAUAUUGUGUUUAAGAAGAAGGACAAGGGCGGAAUCAAUAUCACCAAUACUGUCCCAAUGACGCAUAUCGACCACGAUGAGAUCAAGGCUGUCAUGAACGAGUACAAAAUUUCAUCCGCAGAUAUCGCCAUUCGUUGCGACGCCACUAUCGACGAUCUGAUAGACGUACUAGAGGCCAAGGGACGAAGUUAUAUUCCUGUCAUUUAUGCAUUGAACAAAAUCGAUGCUAUCUCGAUAGAGGAACUUGAUUUGCUUUACAGAAUUCCUAACGCAUGUCCUAUCUCUUCCGAGCAUGGGUGGAACGUCGACGAACUGUUAGAACAGAUGUGGGAGAAACUAAACCUUGUCAGAGUUUAUACAAAGCCCAAAGGAAAAUUGCCUGAUUACACAGCACCAGUAGUGUUACGUUCCACGAGGUGCACAGUUGAAGAUUUUUGUAACGCUAUCCAUAAAACUAUUGUGGACGAUUUCCGCGUGGCUAUUGUUUAUGGAAAAUCAGUCAAGCAUCAACCUCAGCGUGUAGGUCUCAGUCACGAAUUAGCAGAUGAAGAUAUUAUUACCAUUGUCAAACGAUAA